UAAGCAAUCUAAUCUUCAACCCGUUCCUCUUUUCUCCAUCUCUCAUUCCUUUUUCUGCAAAAAUACCAACAAUGGCGCUCACUCUCUCCAACACUUUCCUUCAAAAAAAUGUCGCUCCCCCUGCAUUCUCCCCCAAGAAGAUGGGAAUUGGGAGCAAUCAAAUGCGAUGGAGCUGCAGGAAGAAGGACAUACACCCGCAAUUCUACGAUGACGCUAAGGUUUACUGUAAUGGAGAGCAUGUGAUGACAACGGGGGGAACAAAGAAUGAGUACACAGUUGAUGUUUGGUCAGGUAAUCAUCCUUUUUAUCAAGGUAGUCGUUCACAGCUACUUCUUGAUGCUGACCAGGUAGAGAAAUUCAGGAAGAAGUUUAGUGGGUUAACACAGAUUAUGCAAAUUCCAACUCUCAAAGGAGAGAUUGUGCUUCCUCCUAAGAAGAAGAAACCUACUAAGAAGAAGUAGACUUUAUUGUGUGUUUGUAAUUCCCUUAGUUCGUUUCGUAAAUGAGGAAAUUGUUGGAGAAUUAGGGGUUUUGUGUUUGUAUUUUGAUGGUUUCAAUUCUGAACUCAGUCUAUUAUUUGAAAUGGAAGUAUAAAAAUUGAGUCUUUGUUCUU